AUGCAGGAGAUGUGGGCCGCACCGCCGAUUCCCGAGAAGGGUGUGCAGGUGCCACCAGGAACCGGCUGUGCUUGGAACGUCUUGGAGCAGGGCAACAUCAUCCACAUCCGCAUCAUCAUCUUGGAGGAACUUUCGCCCAUGGACGCGGCAGCCUACCCACCCAGCCCUAUGGUGGAAGCCCCGGCGCCUAAGGAGGUGCAGCCAACGCCAGCUCCGGCGGGCGAGCCCGCCCUCUCCCAGUCCACGGCAAUGGUCCCCGUCGCCCCCAAAGAAGAGGAGGAAGGCGCCACCUCUGUGGACAAGUUUUUGAGUUCCACCCGGCCGCGCGACGUUUUCGAUGGCGUCGGGAGUGGCCUCAAGGUGGCCGGCGCGGCCGUGGUCGCGGGCACCGGCGCGCUGAUCGCCGCACCAGUCCUGGGCGCCAGAGAGGAGGGCGUCAGCGGCUUCUUCAAGGGCCUCGCCACGGGCGCCUUUGGGGCCAUUGCCGUGACCCUGGGCGGGGCGGUCGCGGGCGCCACGCAGAUCGCGCGGGGCGUCUACAACACCCCCGAGGCUCUUUCGAAUGCCCUUCAGGCCAACAAGCGCUGGGACGCUGAGUCGGGCUUGUGGGUGGACGACUGCUGCAACCUGCGCCAGGAGUCUCAGGAGGCCGCGGCCAUCGGGGAGGAGUCCUCCGAUGAGGAGGUGCCAGACGACGGGCGGCCGGCUCGGAAGGUGGCGGACACCAGCUUCUACGACAUCCUUGAGGUCAAGCCCAAUGCCACCGCGGCAGAGAUCAAGAAGAAUUACUACAAGGUGGCCCUGAAGCUGCACCCGGACAAGAACCAGAACGAUCCGGAGGCCAGCGUGAAGUUCCAGAAGCUGGCCCAGGCGUACCAGGUCUUGAGCGACCCGAAGCUUCGGGAGAAGUACGACGUGAACGGAGCCGACGCGAUCCGAGACCAAGCGCUCCCCAACAUCGAUCCAGGGCUCUUCUUCAGCAUGCUCUUCGGGGCGGAGCAGUUUGAGAAGUACAUCGGAAAGCUCUACCUGGCCAUGCAGACUGACCACAUCGCGAGGGACUUGCAGAAGGAUUUCGAACGGCACCAGCAGGGCGGCCAGGAGGGCGUCCCAGGCCGCGACGUCAUCGGCAACUCCAUCGAGCGGGAGAUGCGCUGGGGCUCCGAGAAGAAGGACCAGCACAUCAAGCGGCAGCAGUUCGUGCGGGAGGUGACUUGCGCCACGCAGCUUGUGGGACGACUGGAUCGAUGGGUCAUGGGCCGGAACAUGGAGGGCUGGACGAAGAGCGUCCUCAAGGAGACGGCUGAGCUGGCCCAGGUGUCCUUCGGCGGCCGGCUCCUUCGGACGAUCGGCUGGGUCUACGAGUGUGCUGCGGACCAGUACCUGACCUGUCUCUGGGGCAACUUCACGGUCGAUGGCCACCUGCAAUCCUGGAGAGACAGCGCCCACUCCACCUCCGUCAAGGCCAACGCCGUCUCCUCAAUGGCCCGGUCUGCUCUUGCCGUCAAGGAGAUGACGGAUGCGGCUGGGGCGGGUAUGUCCGACGAGGAUCAGACCAAGCGCGACGAGGCAGCCCGCCAGGCGCUGACGUCCUUCGAGGGUUCCCUCCCCGUGUUCCUGCAGACCAUUUGGGACGUGUCGCAGAUGGACAUCGAGAGCACGUUGUACAAAGUUUGCGACAAAGUUCUCAAGGACAUCAGCGUGCCGUGGCAGAUUCGCUACCGGCGCGCGCUGGCACUGAAGCGUCUGGGCCAGAUGUUUCGAGACGCAGGUUUCGUUGGCUUUCUGUUACACCCUCGCCUGGUGUUCGUUACAUCUUCCUUGCUUUCGGUUACGGACCUGGCGGUCACUUGCCACCAGGGUGAGAACUGUAAGGCGACAGUCAUGCCCUUGAAGGGCGAUCGGCUGCUCUCCUGCCCUUUGUUUGCUGCCAAUGGGACCAGCCAUCCAUCCGAGGGGGCACUUGGCCGCGAGUGGCUGGAGGACCGUGGUGGGUCGCCGCUUGAUGAGAACUCCGGCCUCGGACAUCUGCUCCACCCCGAGGAGAUGACGUCGCUGGGCACGCUGCCUUGUCCCACCAAGUACGAGGACGAGCAGCCGUCGAAGAUACACGACUGCGUGGUGGUGGGCACGACGGCGGGGCGCCUGGUCCAGCUGGGGCGCGGCCUUUCGCAGGACACCUGGCUGCCCAGGCGGCUACUCCAGCGCCACGCCUCCGAGGUCCCUGGACCUGGGGCGUUCGCAGUCCUCGGGCGUGGCCGCUUUCUAGGCGUGCUCCAUCGUGGUGCGAGCGCUGUGCGUUUGCUCGACCUGGCUGCCGGCGGGAGAGAGCAUUCGACCUGGAGUCUACCCCAACCGGCGCAGGACGCCACCCUGGACAGCCCAGGGCACUUCGCCGGCAUCUGCGCCGGCAAGGACGCGCUCUAUGCCUUGCAGGAGAUCCCUGGCACCAUCACGAUGCCAGCAGCGCUCUGCCACUUUCACCUCGAUGGCUAUGCGUUUCCCCUGUCGCUGCUCCCGGGCUCCAGCGCGGACUUCCGGGAGAAGUACAUGCCGAAGUACCUGGCCUUCCGGAAGUUCUGUGAGGAGAAGCAGCUUUGGUCAGAUUACCGGUUCAAGUCCCAUGUCUUGCUGCCCUGGCUGCACGACCUGCUGGUGAAGAACGAGCGCCUGCACAGGAUCUCCAAGGAGGUCUUGGGCACCGACCAUGCGGUCAUUUGGUCCACCGACUGGUGCGUCAAGCCGCAGACGUCGCCGCAGCACUUCACGUGGCACCAAGACUCCACGUACAGUAAGUUUGGCUUGGAUGGCGUUACUGUGUGGCUGGCUUUUUCCCACGUGAAGCCCUCCAGUGGGCCCAUCCUCUACCGGAGGUUUUCUCACAGGAUGGGUCAGCUGAAGCAUGUGGAAGACUCAGCGGAUUCCGCGAAUCUGCUGGCCUUUGGCCAGUACAUACCUGAGGACGACCCGACUCCAUUGACCUCCAGCCCUCUGAGCGCCGGGAGGAACUGGACCCACCUUCCCCUGGUGCCCGCGUGCGAGCUGAGACCAGGUGAGGCGACGGCACACAGCUUCCUGACCAUACACAGCAGUCAGGCGAACCAGGAUCCCGAGCCGAGGGUGGCCCUGGCAGUGCGGCUCGUGGCCGGGCGCGCGGGCGCCGGGCGCCGAGACCGCGCCACGCUGCUCUGCGGCCAAGCGGAGAAGGUCUGUUUCGAGCUGGAGCCACCGCCCAGGGAGGAGUUGGGUCCAAGGGAGUUCGCGGAGUGGCAAAAGUCCAUGGACCGGGAGAAGGAGAUGUACUUCGAGGGCCGCGACAAGGUUGCAUACAAGUGA